CCCCAAAAGAGAGGGAGCGCGACCGCUACGUGGGUUUCCCUCUUUUCUACUUCUUUCUCCCUCUCCCUCCUCCUCGUCCUCCGCCGCCGCCUCGAUUCCUCGGCGAGGAUCGGAUUCGAGCUCCAUUUUUACUGUCUAUUGUCUCUCCUGCGUCGAUCUCUUCGCCGCUCCUAGAGCUGCUGCUGCCCCUCUCCCUCCCGUGGCUGCGGCCGCGGUAGCUCCGGCGAAAUCUAGGAACUGAAGGUUAUUCUGUAAAAAAGAUAGGAAGUUAGCACUUAGAUUAAGUAAUUUUAUACAGCUAAAAGAAAGUAUUUAAGAGCAAUCAUGCCUCUUUACAAAAGAAAGCCUUUUACUUUGAUGGAUCCUCCAAAGGAUUUGGAUGCAGACGAGAGUAUCUUUCAAAUUCGGUUCACGAAGGAACUGUUCAGGGACUAUGAAGAGUACUUGAAGAGAUUAAACCUUUAUCGUCAAAGAGUGUGGACAUGUAGAGUUUCAGGGAAAUCUAAUUUGACUUACGAAGAAGCUUUGGUCUCAGAGCAUCAUGCUACUGAAAAGGUUCAGGAAUUCCCUAAGGAUUUUAUAGCUCCAGUGCUUCAGAUGAUCCAAUUCAGCAUUGCUAACUUAACAGAUCUUGUGAACGAGUUGUAUGAUAAAUUACAAGAUAGCCUUUUUGAAGGACUAGAAUUGCAAGGAAAGAAAGAUGAUUCAGUUUGUUCAUGCAAAAUUUUGAAGGUUUUAUAUGAUGGCGACACCUUUCAGUACAAAGUAGAUUGGAUUGAUAAAGAAAAAAAAGUAUUUGAUUCUACUAUAGUAAAAGCUGAAGAUCUGAUACACAAGAGGAGACCAUUUAGUAGACGAGUACUUAGAGAGUUUAUUAAAGAAUCAACUUAUCAGAAUUUCCCAUGGGUAGUUCAUGAAAAGCUUGCUAAGAAGUAUGGAAUCUUCACUGAACCGCCAGAAGAAUUAAGAGAUAAGCUUACACUUCAAAAUGGAAGUGUUUGGAGCUUCAAAAAAUUCAACAAAGCUGAUAUUGCAAAUGGAGGAGAAAUUGGGAAUGGAAUUCUAGCAGCUCUUGAGAAAGAAAUGAAAAAAGAUCGGAUCAGAUAUCCUAUUGAUGACCUUUUGGUGCGCCCUGCUCAUGAUGAUCCUACUUUUACUGAACGACCUCCUUUGUCUUUGGAAUUUAAUGUGCCAAUGGAAUGCGUGGGCGACCUUCUUAUGGUGUGGGACUUCUGUUGUACCUUUGGCAAGUUGCUGCAUUUGUAUCCAUUCACUUUAGAUGAUUUGGAGAAUGCAAUUUGUCACAAGGACACUAAUCUAAUUCUAAUUAUGGAACUCCAUUCGUCAAUUCUCCACUUGAUUAUCAUGGAUGAGGGCAAAUAUUUUUUAGCAAUCCAGAACAAAAAGAGGAAAACAAAGAUAAAACAAAGCAAUUGGGUUGAGUUCUUGUCUGAGUUCUUGGAGAUGGAAGAUCGAGAAUGCAAUUCAACCUGUGUAGGAACUAUUAAACGUGGUCAUUAUGGUCUUCUUGAAGUUCAUAGCAAACUACAGAUAUUAAGGGAAUUGGUUGCAGAGGCCCUUGAGACAAAUGCUAUUCGAGAUAAGUUAGAUGAACGCUUUGAACAACAGCAAGCACUUGAAGCUGUAAAAAGAGAAGAAGCUAGAAAGAAAAAAGAAGAAUUACUAAAAAUGGUAAAUUCUGACUUGGAAUCAAAAGAGGGAAACAUAAUGGAGAAUGGGAGUAGUAAUGGUCACAUUCCUUCUUUGAAUGAAAUCAAUGUAAAUCAUUCAGAAGAGGUUUAUCUACCAGAUAAAAAUCAAAUUGCAGAAAAUGGAGAAAAGAAGCGUCAUUCUUCCAUUCUAGAAUCAGCCGCGAAAAGGCAGAGAGUGGACGAUGAACUGCAUACUAAGAGUGCAAGGGGUCAGCGGCGAACUAAGGACAAAGAUAAAGAGACUCACGAAAAGAAGCCUGUAACCAUGGGAGAACACCUUGAAAGAGAAAUUGAGAAAUUAUCUGGUCGGACCAAUUCUUUAGGGAAAGAUAGAAACUACAACAGGUAUUGGUUCUUUCGGCGCGAAGGAAGAAUCUUUGUUGAGAAUUCAGAUUCUACACAGUGGGGCUACUACAGCACUAAGGACGAGCUUGAUGCACUUUUGGGCUCACUUAAUCCAAAAGGUGAGAGGGAGAGAGGCCUUAAAAGACAACUUGAGAAACACUACAAUAAAAUAAGUUCUGCAUUACAGAAGAGGUCAAAAGAUAUCAAUCACAGACUCCAACUCGAGGAAAAUAUUCUUCGACGAUCUGUACGAGUGAGAGCCCAACCUAGGGAUAGUUCCACGACUGGAUUUCUCAGAUAUAUCAACAAGUGGAAGGGGUUAUGAUCCACCAAACCCAUCUCGUCAGUGCAGUGCCAUUUAACAACCAAAAGGCAAAUCUGAUAUGCCAAAUAUUUUUGGGUUGGCUUCGUAUCAAAGAAUAUUGAUCCUGUUUCAUCUCAAUUUUUGGUAUAUUAUGAAAUCUUGUUUAAUCGUGGACAUGUAACUAGCUCACGACUAUCCACGGGCAGCAGGUGAUUAACACUGAAGAUGUGAUCCCUAUCUCUUCAUCUUAUCUUUGAUCCCCCAACUGACUCAUGGCGCUGCCUCUAAUGUCUAACAUUUGUAACUCCAUUGGUUUUAGAUCAAACCGUGAGGGUUGUAAAAUAUUACAGCUUGCAUUGCCAAUUCUUGUAAGCCAUUUUCGGGCACUCAUACUUGAUGCAACAUUGUGGAUUUGCUCUUAUGUAAGUGAGCCCUGUGAAGGCCUGGUUUUUGUUGCCA